CCUGGUUACUUAGCUUUAUCUUUUCUACUUAUUAAUAUGGCGAUUAGUGACAGUUUAUACCGAUUUUUGCUAAGUUCGGGAAUUAUGGUCGGUGGUACUGGCUUGGCUUGGAUGUUAAUGAAAGUUAUUGUACCAACCAAAGAAGAUAUGCUCAAGGUAGUUCUUUGAUUACUAUUAUUUUGUCGCGUUUGGAUGGCCAAAUACACAACUGACCUGAAAGUUUCUUAAGCUUUUCCUAUCUAAGUUCUUCAAGAAGACAUCGCUAUUUAAGACUUAAAUCUUGCAGCACCUUGAAAUUGUUUUGAAGAUAAGGAAAACGUACGAAGUCUCAUUUGGAAAUCCUGUGGGACUGAGAUUUUGGAAGUGGUUACCUUCAAAGAAAUGUGAAUUAUACAAGCUUUAUUAUGUAACUGGCUAUCUCAUCGGCAGGCAGGUCGAAUUCCACGUUAAUAGCAUGUAAUAAUGAUAAACGUAGUGGGUAAGUGGGGGGGGGGUGGAUGAGGGGGAGAAAGAGAGAAAGAGCUCUUACCCCUAGGGCCCACAUAUAAAGCAACUCCCCCUAGUUUAUCUAUUCUCUUGAAAGUGAUCAGAAAUAAAUAGAAAUAAUCAUCUGAUUUCCUUUGCAAUUUGCGUGAUGUCAUUCAUGAUGAUAAAUUUGCUUGUGACAGCCACCCAAUUUGUGGGUAUGAGCAAAAUAGGGGAAAAACCUAAAGAAAAUAUUGGGUGCAAGGGGUAAGGAAUCCUGUCAAUUUACUCCCCCCUUCUCUUUCUGAAACCAACACUGACUGAAAGGCUAGCACAGGCUAAUGGUGAUGAAGAAGUCAAAGAAAUCUAUUCCCAAAGAAGUCCCUGUACAGUUCUGUCCACACACAAAUGAUUAGCACAUACAACAUAUUUCCAUUCCUGACCUUACUUACUUACAUUAACCCUCUUUGUAUGAACUUUUGUUUCCUAGAAACUUCCAGACGAGGCAACAUCUCCUGAGGCUUUAGCAACACAAGACAGAAUAAAUGAGCAGUUUUUUAUGGUUCUUAAAGAAAACAUGAAUUCCAGCAAUCCAGCUUGGAAAGUUAUGGGGCUAAAGGAAGUACAGGACAGACAACAAAAAAGGAAAGAUCAGCAGCAGAAGAAAGAAGCAAAAUUAAAAGAAAAACAAUCUAAUGAGUUCACAACUGAAUAGAGUAGAGUUUCCAAGUUUACCACUGCUAUAAUAAAGAAAGUGGAAACUUUCUGGUCAUUUAAAACAAGUUGACUUCUUCUAAAGGUUUAGGCCAUACCAUCUAUUCUUUUACUUGCUGGAAUAUUCAGCAAGAAUACUGGUUGCCAUUUAGAAAAAGAAAUUUUUUUUUCAAGCACAUUAGGCAUAAUGUGCACUAAUCUAAAGAACUUUUCCAUGGAGCAAGAGGUUUGUGGAAGAGUGCUUCUAAAUUUUUUUUGACUGAAACAAGAUAGGCAUUUAGUUCCUCUCUACUUUUCCCAUCAGAAAUGGUUAAAAAACAUGUUAAUGCACAUUAAAAAUUCUUUCUGAGAAGUAUUUGUGGGGAGGUUCUUAAGAUAAAAGUAUAGAAAAUAUAUAAAUAAGU